AUGACCAAGAGUACCAACAAGCAACCUUUGCUUUUUGAUCCUGAGGUUGAGGCAACUGCUCGUAGAACACACGCAAGUGCAAAGAAAAGGAGGGCGGAGGCUCGUAAACAUGCUCAACAAGCCUCUCAAUCUCUUGACAUGGCAGGUCAGGCUCCCGAGAGAACUCUUAGACAGUCUAAACAACCCAAGGCUAGCAAUGUUACCGCGGGGAUUAGGAUGCCGACUACUAAUGCUGGAAAAUUUGACAUCAAAUCCCAUGUUAUGAAUAUGAUCACGGAAAAUCAGUUCUAUGGUCUUGACAAUGAAGAACCCGUCGAUCAUCUGCAGAAAUUCCUUCAAGCAUGUUCUCUACAAAAGAUUACUGGGAUGACUGACGACGAGCUCUACUUGUACCUCUUUCGUUUCUCUUUGGCAGGCAAGGCUCAACGUUGGUAUAACUCUCUUCCCAACACCAUUACUACUUGGGCGCAACUGUCUGAUGCUUUUCUAGUGAAGUAUUAUCCCGGUUAUAAGACUCAUGACUACAGAGUUAAACUCUAUAGUUUCUCACAAGAUGCGGGGGAGACUUUUCAUGAUGCGAGGGAGAGAUUCAAAGAUUACCAGUAUAUGUGCCCUCAUCACGGUAUUGAUAAGGAAUUUCUUAUGCAAUCUUUUUAUAAUGGUCUUGAUAAUGAGACUAAGAGGAUGGUAGAUGGUGCGGCUGGCGGCUCUUUCAUGAACAAACAAACUUCUGAGGCUAUUUCACUUUUGGAUACUCUUGCUGAAAAUCAAUGGAAUAUCUCAUCUAGGCGCGCAGCUCAAGCACCAAGAAAGGGGAAGCAUGAAGUUGAAACUUAUUCCCUUCUAUCAUCACAAAUCUCAGCUUUGAAUGCGAAAAUCGAUGGGAUGCGCAUGAAUGCUAGUACAUCUAUGCCCGUCAAUGCUAUGGCUACCUCUAGCCAAGGUGGAGUUGCUUGUGAUUAUUGCGGUAUGCAUGGUCAUUCUCUAAUGGAGUGUUCUGUUAAUCCCAAUGAAGCUAUGGGAGUGCCAGAGCAAGUCAAUGCUUUUCAAGCUCGCCCUCCUUUCAACAACAAUAGCUACUAUCCUGGAAUUCGGAAUCAUCCUAACUUGUCAUAUCAUAGCAACAAUGUGUUAAAUCCUCAACAGCAACACUUUCUACCACAAGCACCACAACAACAAUAUGGGCAACAUCAGCAAUUUCAGCCCAAUCAAGGACCACCCGGUUUCCAAAGGCCUCCUCAAGGCCAUCAACAGCAGCAAUUUCAGAACCAACAACCCCAAUCCGAAUUGGGGGAAUUGAAAAACAUGAUGGCCCAAAUGGCCAAACAGCUUGAGCAACUCGGUACUCACAAUAAAAUGCUUGAAACUCAAGUCGCUCAAUUAGCUGCAUCUAGCUCCUCUAGAUAA